GAACAGCAUCAGUUCCAACGGUUUCUUCGUACAGCUAAGUAGUCUCAUCCUUUCCCAUAGACCACACAUUAAAUCAUCGGAGCAAAAUGAAACUUUUCGUUGUUGCCACUCUUGCCUUAGUCGCUUUCGCUUCGGCUGAUGUCAGCCAUUUGUCGAGGACGUACUUGCCACCAUCAUCUUACUCUUCGGGUGGCGCUGCUGGUGGUUCUUACUCAUCGGGUGGUGCUGGUGGUUCCUACUCUUCAGGCGGCGCUGGUGGUUCAUACUCUUCAGGCGGUGCUGGUGGUUCAUACUCCUCAGGUGGUGCUGUUGGUCCAUCCAACGAAUACUUGCCACCUGUACAAAGCUACUCUCCACCUGCUCCAGUCUACUCUGCCCCAGCUCCAGCUCCAGUCUACUCAGCUCCAGCUCCAGCUCCAGUGUACUCUGCCCCAGCUCCAGCUCCAGUAUACUCUGCACCAGCUCCAGCUCCAGUWUACUCUGCUCCAGCACCAGCUCCAGUCUACUCUGCACCAGCUCCAGCUCCAGUAUACUCUGCUCCAUCAUUCUCCUCAGGCGGUAGCGGUGGCUCUUACUCUAGCGGCGGUUCAUACUCGAGCGGUGGUUCAUCUGGAUUCUCUGGCCCAUCCAACAGUUACUUGGCCCCAGCUGCUCCAAGCUACUCAUCAGGCGGUUCUUACUCAUCUGGUGGUUCUGCUGGUAUUUCUUCUGGUAUCUCUGGCGGCUCUUACUCCAGCGGCGGUUCAUACUCGAGCGGUGGUUCUUCUGGAUUCUCUGGCCCAUCCAACACUUACUUGGCUCCAGCUGCUCCAAGCUACUCAUCAGGUGGUUCAUACUCAUCCGGUGGAUCUGGUGGUAUUUCUUCUGGCAUCUCUGGUGGUUCUGCUGGUGGCUCUUACUCCAGCGGCGGUUCAUACUCGAGCGGUGGUUCUUCUGGAUUCUCUGGCCCAUCUAACACUUACUUGGCUCCAGCUGCUCCAAGCUACUCAUCGGGUGGUUCAUCCUACUCGUCGGGCGGUUCAUCCUUCUCGUCGGGCGGUUCAUCGUACUCUGGCGCCGAUGUUGGUACCCAAUAUGCCUCCAACGGUGGUUAUGUCUACAAAAAGAAGUAAAUCGCUUGGAACUGUGAUUAGUCGUACUUUUUUUUGUGCUUAAGACACCGUAGGAAUAUUUUUUUUUGUUUUUUUUUUUUGCUUUUACUGUUGUAUUACUUUAAGUAGUUCAUACAUACGAGUCACAAACAACCAUCUCAUUGCUCUCAAACAAUAUGUUGUAAAUAGUAAACUCUUUUUUAUUAAAUCCAUUUUAAUUUUAUAUUUAAAAA